AUUUACAGCGAUGAGGGGAGACAGGGGCCCCCGAAUAUCACCGUCAGCCUGAGAGUACCAGGCUCACCAGGCACCCCAGUCCUAACCCUGAGCAUAGCGGAAGCGAGGUCAUCAGUAUAUGGGCUCCAAUUACAACUGGUGUAGGGAAUGCAAUGAACCUGCUUGUUAAUAAUGCACCAACCGAAAAUGACUGGACAGACCUGACUUGAGACUCCAUUCUCACCAUGUAUCCAUUAAUUACACUUCGUA